GGAAGGGAGCAAACACUCCUCAGGGGACGGAUCUUUACAAGCAAUGAUGGAAAAGCGUGGGAAGUGUAGAGAGCUCUAUCUCGCAGUACACGGAUCCCAAAGCUGGGCUUUCCCUGCCCUCUGCCUGCUCUGAAAUCAACUGACUGAGUGUUGAAGUAAUCAGAACAGACUCGGCACUGCCAAGAGCCACUGCGAGUUUUCUCUCUCAAAACUAAUCUGAGAGCUAUUGGGUUUUCAGCUUUGCCAUUCUCCAAAUCAACUUGUUUGGAUCUCACUCACAGUUCAUGGACCUUCUGGACUCAAGGAGCAAAGACAUGACACAUGUUGCAUCCAGAACUGGAGAUAUCCGAGGGAAAGUGUUAGUCCAGAGUCUGGCUUUGGUUCGGUCUUGACAGGGGCAGUAAAAGGAGUGGGAACAUGUCAGGCUGGGCACUAUGACCGCCUGUGCGGAGCUCGAGGAAUGUGCUGUGCUCAGCCUGACGUCCUCCCUGUGUCACGCUUAGAGUGCCCCUCUCGCCCACUACCUGGACGUCACACACUUUGUGUGUGCUCUUGCUGACUGCACAUGUGUAAGUGUGUUGGCAUAUUCUGGCAUUAGCUGUCAAGACAUACAGCAGCUAAAGGAAAUCUCUUCAGAACUGCUUGACUCACCAUAGUGCACCAGUGAAAGGCCUUGCGGAGCCAGUGCGGAGGAAUUAUCUGCUGUCAGGUCCUGCGCCGGGCUGAUAGGGAAAGCAGCGCACCGAGGGCCACUGCAAGGUGAGAGGGACGGCCGCAGGGGGAAGGGACCGAGGAUGCCGUCUUCCACCAUGCAAAUGUUCGCGUUCAUUCUGGCGGUAUUGGGAGUCGUAAGUGCCACGGUGGCCACGCUGCUACCCAACUGGAAGGUGAGUGCGGAUGUGGGCUCCAAUAUCAUGACUGCCAUCUCGCAGAUGCAGGGACUGUGGAUGGACUGCACCUGGUACAGCACCGGCGUCUUCAGCUGCUCGCUUAAGUACUCGGUGCUGGCGUUGCCGGCUUAUCUCCAAACUGCACGCACCACUAUGGUGCUUUCCUGCAUGAUGGCGACAAUGGGACUCUGUUUGGCCGCCCUAGGGCUGAAAUGCACUCGCUGGGGUGGCAGUUAUCGCUCUAAGGGACAUACGGCGAUUUCCGCAGGAGCUUGCUUCGUCAUAGCAGGGGUCCUGUGUUUGGUGCCCGCGUCCUGGUUCACCAAUGAGGUCAUCACUACGUUUAUGGAUUCCAAAGUGCCCAAAAGCAGCAAGUAUGAGCCAGGCGCAGCGGUGUAUGUGGCAUUUGUGUCGGCAGGAUUUCUUUUAGCUGCAGGCGUAAUCUUUUGCUUAUCAUGUCCUGGAAGAAGAGGCGGUCCGUUGGAUUCGGGCUCGUCCCACCCUGACAAGCCAAAACAGCAGAAGCUGCACCAGGAGCAGCCGACCCGCAACCAACAAAAACAGCAGCACCGCGAACAGCAGAGUCAGACUGAAUCGCCGGAACGAGAGCAGUCGCAUCGAGAGAAGCUACACCAGGAAAAGCUACAAGCGGACGAUCGUCAGCAAGAGAAGUCGGUGCCGGACAGGUUGAACCUGGAGAAGGACAAGCAGUACUAUUCUCCAUCCCGAACCCGAAAUCAAGAUGCCAAGGCCGUCUAUAGUCUGCACGACUACGUGUAAACAACAGUCAUCAGCUCCAGGAGCAUUUAGAGUGUUCUUGAUUAUCAGACUGCCUUUCUUUGUGAGCGGCAAAAAAGAGGAGGGGAAAAGCAGCGGAGCAGCAGGAGGAAUAAUGACUUUGAUGGUGUUAUCAACCCUUCUCAUCUGUGCUUUCGCUUACAGUGAAACAGCAGAGGUAUUUCCAAAGCCACGGAACAGACAAGUAAGGAUUGUGAAUCCUGGGUACAUGGUUUUUAUUGCAACUACAAGUUGAAAGGAGGCCAAACUGUGACGUAUCAUAAAAAAAUACAACAUGAGACAUGGGAAUUCCUUAAGAUAUUAAUGUAAGAAAAGUUCUGAAGGUGCAUUGGAUUGAUAAAAUUGAGUAUUUUAUUGCUGCCCCAUUAUUUUAUUACCUUAACGCAAACACUCGAGAGUUCUACAAGCAAUUUUAUCAGCCUUUUAGCAAAUGGAAGUUUUAAUUCAGAAGCUUGUAGAUGAUACAUUAGCCAGUAUGUGCAUGCUGUUUGUAGAUAAUGCAGUUAAUAAUGCCACAAAAUAGCUUGCAGUUGUGAAAGCACUGAGGCGAUAAUCAAGCUUGCACCUGAGGAUGCUUCACCCCAUCAGCUGUCCAUUAAAUGGUGCGUGUCCUUCAGAAAAGGGAUUUU